CAGCGUCCCCAGCGCAGGGCGAGGUUGGCAGGGGGUCGAACGCUGACUCUUCCCAGGAGAUGGACAGGGUCACCAGGCACCUCAUCUUCCAGCUCCCGCAGACCCAGCACGGGCAGGACUGUGACGAUGCUCCCCAAGCCAGCUCAUUUGCAGAGCAGAGGACCAACAGCGACGACGAUGAUGUGUUUGCCUCCACCCAACAUGACCAGGGGGUGGAAAACGGCUAUGGCUGGAGAACGAGGUCAAAGUCACCCUCGCAUUUCCUGGAUGGUGGAAAAGGCGUCUGGCCCCUGUCCCCGGACAGGGAGUCCAAGCUGGAGGUGGUGAGGUCGGGAAGCCUGUACGAUCUCAGGGCUUACAGAGGCGAGAGGAAACCCUCGAAGCUUUAUGACGAGGAUGAGCAGGAGGAGGACAGGGUCCCUCCACCAAACAUCUCACCCGAGAAAGCUAGGGAGCUUGAGGAUGAGAGGAGGGAGAUCAUCCGGAGCCAGGUGGUGAGGAAGAGCUCCACUGUGGCCAAGAGGUGGAGCUCCAUGGAUGAGCUGAGCUCCACGCACACUGGCACCAACAGCCAGGCUGAAGGCAGGCCCGCGGGCAGCUCCACCACCAGCUUCGCCAUUUGCUUUGACAAGCCUUCCUCAGGGAGGGCAGCGACGUCUGUUGACCCCGAAAAUAUUGACACGGAGCAGAUCAACUUCUCCGCUGCUCGGCAGCAGUUCCUGAUGCUGGAGAAGACCAGCCCGGGCUCUUUCUUCAGCCCAGGGCAACAGGCCAUGUCCCCGAAGCCAGAGUCGAUGACAAAAGUCUCUAGGCAAGAGUGGCAUAGUCCUGAGAUGGCAGCGAAGGCUACGAGAGGGGUGUCCUGCAAGACGCCUGUGGAGGAGGAGGCUUAUGCUCCCAGAAGGGCUGAUACUGAAAGGUCAUAUCCCACUGGGAAAGCAUCCAGCUUGACUAAAGCAUCUUCCAGAGAGGACCUGGACUCUGGCUUGGGUAAGAUGUCUAAUGAAGCCAGUGCAGGCUACACCAGUGGUGGAGGUGCAUCGAACAACAUCUGCAAUGGCCUUGUGGAGCUGAGCGCCGGCAGCAAUGGCCUGGACAAGGAGACAAAGAUCAGCAGCGAGACGCCCAUCGAGCGGGAGAUCCGCAUGGCCAUGGAGAGGGAGGAGAACCUCUGGAAGGAGAGGGGGAUCCCGCGGCUGACCUCCAGCAGCGAGCUGGUAGAGAUCCAGACCAAGCCUCUCCUCUCCAUGCAUGCCCCCCCCAGCCCGGGCAGGAAAGGGAAGGGCAAAGGCCGCGCUUCCCUUUACGUCCAGAGGGAAAUCGAGCAGGAAACCAAGCGCGAGGAAGAUCUGAAGAAGCAAGGGCGGCUGCCGGGGACGUACGACAGGGGGACGCAGCAGGAGCUGGAUGAGCGGAGGAGGGUGUUUGAGCAGGAGGAAGCCCCCCUGCAGAAGCCCACCCCCACGAGGAAGGCGGACGAGCAGAGAAGCUGGGCUAAUGAGUUUGCGGCAGAGCAGCCCAUGAGCCGUGGUCCCUGCCCUGCAGAAGACACCAGGGGUGGGAGAAGCCUUCCCAGCUACGCAGUGAGCACCACGCGCUGCCAGGAGUCCCAUCCGCGCUUCGCCGCCAGCGAGAAGAGCCAGGACCAGCCCUGGGUGUCCCAGCGCGUUUCCGCCAGUGGCAGCAAAUGGGGGAGAGAGGAUUCCUGGGAAGGACGGCUUCCCAGCUCCACCCCGAGCCCCACCGGCACGACUGUCCUGCCCAAAGAGUACUUCUACGUCUCCCUCUGGAAGCCCAAGGUCUCCUUCGUUGACGCCAUGGGGACGCAGACCCCGCGCAGGAGGGAGGACGGCCAGGAGGAGCAGUACAGGCUGAGGACCUGGAAGCGCCAGGCAUCGGCGCUGAUCGAGAAGGAGAUCCAGAGCGACCUGCAGAGGGAAGAGGAGCUGCAGGAGCAGCGGCGGCAGCAGCAGCUGAUAGAUGGCUGCUCCCCAGUUGGCAGCGACAGCUUUUCCCAGGAGGGCUCCCACUCACGGCACAGCUCCGGUAAGGGGAGGAGAGGAAUGGUGGGACGGGACUGGGUGGGGGUCAAACGCUGGGGCAGAGCUACCAUGGGCAUCGCUCCUGCCCUCCUGUUCCUCUUGGCUCCGAGUCUCUGCAGGAGCCAUCAGAGGGGCAGGGGUUGCCCUGGGAGGUGCCCAUCCCAAGGGAGCUGUUGGGCAGCAAACCCUGGAGGGCAGGACAAGCAAAAGAGAUUUUUUUAUAAUAUAAACCCUAACAAGGCACCGCGCCCCUGGUGUGCGCAGGUUGUGGAAAGCACCAGAGUGAUUCGUCACAAGAGCGCCAUGGCCCAGCGCUGGGAGGCAGGGCAGUACGUCAGGGACAGCGACUGAGGGCGCCCGCGGGGCCGGGGCCGCCGGGCUUCGCCGGGUCCUCACCCCGUUUGGGAUCUGCUGGUGCACGACCGAAACACCAAAUCGAUCGAAACACCAGAUCGACCGAAACACCAAAUCGACCGAAACACCAGAUCGACCAAAACACCAGAUCAGUUCCGUGGUUACCACGAGAAUCGGCGACUUGUACAGCGCAGACCGCCCCCGUUUUUAACCUAACAGAUGAUCCGUCCGGCGCAUCAGAUGUGCUCAGGCAUCCCCUUCCCUUCGAGGUGAGGGAAUGCUUUUUGGUUUUUUUUUUUCUUAAGAGGGGGAAAAAUUGGAUCGCUUUCUUUUAAUCAAUUCUGCAAGGAGACAGCACGAUGAAAUCAUACGGUAAUUUAACCUCCUCCUCGCUGGAAGCUGCGUCUCUGGCUGACAACAAAGCCAUGGGCUUUCCAAGUGGUUUUAGGUUUUUUAAGUCCCAAGCCCCAGGCCUCACCUCGGGGGUACAGAGGCGCACAGCUCUGGAUCGAUACCCGCAGCAACCCGGGAAAUCAACGUUUCUGCUUAAUUCCUGUCAUUUGCUGAGAUGCAGCAAUAGAUGAUACAUAGCUAUAAAAAAAAAAUGCUGUUUAUUUUGCUAAUUUAUUAAAGAGUCAUUGUUCUCCCUCA